UCGUCCGUGCUUUUUCCCUCCAUAGCGCUAUCUCUUUCACGCGUGCAGCCCAAUUUUAAGACCGGUACCGCUACCGAUAGAAAAUGUAAACAAACGUCAACACAAAUUCAACCAGUGCUCAUCCCUCCCGUGAAAAGUUUCCCGAUAGAAAGCGUGAAAAUGGCCUCAAAUCAGGACAAGAAAAGUGGCUUGAUGUCCCAUGCAAUUUCCCGGCUCUACAAGCAGCGUCUGGAAGAAGUGGAAAGGGAACUCCUUCUUGCCCAGCAGCCAGAACCUCCGAAUGUGGAUGACCGAGCGCGUGAUGCUGUGCCAGUGCAGUUUGAAGAUGUUCCGAUGCCCAUGGAAGUGAUCGACGAUGCUGCUCCGCUUAGCGAAAGCGAGGAGGAAGGUACGACCGACGCAAGCAGCGGCGAGGAUACAGACGUGGAGGAUAUUCAGGUCGAGGUGGAAAUGCCAGACCAUCCGUACGGAGAUCUUUCGUGCCAGGAUGGCUUGAGGAUGUGGGCCCUGCAAACUGGACAAACUCAUCGGAGUUUGAACCUUUUGCUGGGCCAUUUGCGACAUCACUUCCCCCAGACCAAAUUGCCAUGAGAUGCACGGACGUUGAUGAACACGCCUGUGUCCGGAGCACCGGAGACAGCCCUUACACCCAUCGCAGGUGGGCAGCUGUGGUACCAGGGUGUGGAAAAAUGCCUGCUUUCAUAUUUUCGCGAUUGUCAGCCAACCCAGGAGGGGUUCGAGUUGAACAUUUUUGUGGAUGGCCUACCCCUGCACAAGAGCAGUCGGACCCAAUUUUGGCCAAUUCUCAUGCAGGCUCAUAACGUUCCACAUACUCCUGUAAUGACGGUUGCGAUAUUCUGUGGCGAAUCAAACCCGUUAUUCGUCAAGGAGUUUUUGCAGCCGUUUGUGGACGAAAUGAACAGACUGUAUGUGACAGGUCUGACAAUUAAAUCCCGCUCUUACUGGGUGGAAGCGCGUGCAAUAAUUGCAGACGCUCCGGCACGAGCAUUUAUUAAAGGUGUUAAAUCGCAUAAGGCGUACAGCGCCUGCAUGUAAUGCAUUAUCGUUGGUGAGUUGGAUGGACACCGGAUCUACUUCCGGUAUGGUGAACAAUGCGCGCCUCGGAACUACAAGGAUUUUUGUGAUGACAAAUAUCCCACACAUGUCAACAACCCUACGCCCUUUACGAGUCUAUUAGGUUGCGAUAGCGUUGACGAUUUUGGGUCAGCCGAAGACAUGCACUUAAUAUACAAGGGCGUAGAGGCAAAGUUGCUACAUUUGUGGAUAAAUGGCUUCCCUGGCGUAACUUGUUACUUGCCACGUCGCCAGCAACGUGAAGUGUUGGUAACCUUCAGAUUACCAACGUAAACUGCGCGACCUGCGAUACAUCCAUCUCUGGAAAGCUUCCGAGUACAGGAUGUUUCUGUUGGUUGCCGGUUUCGUUGUUCUGAAGGAUAGACUUAUCGAUGCAGCGUACCAACACUUCAUGUUGUUGAUGAUGGCUGUGACGUUUAUGUCCACCACAUACCAUCGCGCUAAAUGGGAACUGGCUGAUUCAUAUUUGCAUAGGUUUGUGGCAGCCUAUGGAGAUCUGUACAGCCCAGUUCUCAUGAAUAGCAACGUGCAUAACUUGCUGCACGUUUACAAUGACGUUUGCAGGUUCGAUGACUAAAAAACAUAUCAGCCUUCAUUUUUUGAGGCAUUUUUGCAUGACCUCAAAAAGUUGGUGCAUUCCGGGAGGCACAGCCUGGUACAAGCGGUCCAUCGUUUGCUGGAACUGCAACAUGUCAUUGUUGCCAAGCGUCAGCAAAACAAACCGGUGGACGAACAAUCGGUGCGCACGGUUGGUGUCGACACCAUAACGACCGUGCGGCAGAUGCGAAAAAACUUUCGCAAUCAAUGGUUCAUGACCAACUCGGGCGAGGUGGUCCGUUACAAAACGGCCACAAAACAGGCAAGGACGUUACGGUGCAGGGGUACGUGUUUUUCAAAUAGGUGCUUGCCUUUACGGAACCUUGCCUUUCAACGGAGUCGAAUAUUUACUCUGCCAACAUGGUAGAUUUGAAUAAGGGAGAAUUGCAACAUUACGCCAGCAGUACGCUGAUGU